UCCGUUGCGUCGAUUUAAAAGUCGCGUAACCGUAGACCGCGCGGACGAAGUAUCGGAAUAUCGCGUGGAAUAUCGGGGGCGGAUCAAUGCGUGACCGCUUGCUUGAAUGCGUACAUAAAUCGAGACAUCAUCGUAGAAAACGUAGCCCUUCGCACCGAUUGUAAUGUUCGCCAGAUUCGCCGGUGCCGAGCGAGGUAACCAGCCGAGCCUAUAACUCGCAGCGAGAAUCAGAUCACCGGAUUUGAAUUGGCAAACGUUGACUUUUCUUGUUUCUGUUUACCUUUUUUAUGAGCAAUCAUACGAAAACGUAAACACCAGCGGACUUCCCGAACGACCGGCGAAACAGACCUGAAAUCGGGAUGUGCGACUUGAUAGAUCUGAACAGCCCGGACGUGAGGGGAGCGCCGGAACCGGCGAGACUGGCGUCGCCGUUGAUUCCAGCGCCGAAGAGUAUCGAGUACGGAACAGGCUCAUCGUCAUUGUCGUCAACAACAACGGAGAAACGCGAAAACGAUGGUAAUAAUCCGUUUGAUCAGGUGUUGCACGAGACCGCCGAGUAUGUCAGCAAGAGGGGCGAUCCGUUCGAGGUGAUGCUGCAACGAGCCCUACGAACUAAAGGUAGAAGAAACGCGCAAUCCGUGGAUUUUACGGAUGACUUUACUCCGAGGCGCAAAAAGAGAUAUCUCAAGAUGAACAAGACGUUGGAUAUGCUGGAUGAGUCGUUGCUCGAAAAUAGGUUUGGUUUGUUUGAGGGAGACAAGAAAAAAGCAGAGAUUAGAGUGGGAAGCAUCAAUCUCGACACGAGAAACGAUCAUGUUUAUAACGUGGCAGAUAGUGCACUUGUCUUUAAACAGGAGCAUAAGGUAUCUGUUGCCGAUCCAGAGUCGCUCGAGUUGUCCAUCUUAAAUCAGUCCACGAUGAAUGACACAUUACUGGAGACAGUUCCCAAAUCUAAGAAGAACAAUGAGACAUUGCCUUGUCUAGAGAAAGACAUGUUGUUUGAUGAAUUUAUCUUCCCUUCGAGUUUUAAAUUGUCGAAUAUUCAACGUUCGUUGUCACAGGGAGAUAGAAAGUCUUCGAUGGAUCUGGUAUAUGCAAAUAGGAGAUCAAAAUCUGUGACUGAUGCCCAAAGAAAAACCUCGCAGAGUGACAGCACCAUAUCAUCUUUUUUGGAUAGGGGUUUCUUAGAGAGCAAACAAAGCGAACAAUCUGUAUUCUCCACCUUGUCAAAUGUCUCAUCUAUAAAAUUGACUUCUAUUUCAUCGUCGGUGUUGUCAGUUGACGCUAUGAAUCAUGCUUUUCUGGAUGAUGGUUCGUCGAAAACAAGUGAGGGGAAGAUAAGCCCAACCAAAAGUUCCACGGAUAUAACACCGGGACGAUAUGAUUUAUCUGAUCUGGCGGAAAGGCUUAACAAAUUGAAAUGCAUUAUGAAUAAUACGACCAGUAUCUCGAAUAUGACAGAAAAUGAUUCUAGUUCUAUGAAAGAGGAAAAUAAUAAACAAAUUAAGGAUAAUAAAUUAAUAGAUGUUGAUAUAUUUAUUCCCGAACAUAAAGAAUUGAAUAAAAGCUCAUCUUCCAUUGGUUCUUCAGAUUCUGUGUUCACUAAUACGAAUAAAAUUGAUAAGUCAAUACUGAAUGAGGCUAAGGUGCUUGCAAGAACUUUUCAGGAAUUGGCAAUAAAAACGGACUCUGGAUCUAGUAUGGAUGAUGAUUUAAUUUCAAAUAAUACUCUGUGGAUGUCAGAAUUGUUACCAGCAUUUGAAGAUGAACCUGUAGUAGAUAAUUUAAUCGAUUUACCUGUUUCACCAAAAACAGAUGUGAGAAAUGUUGAUAACAGUGAUGAGAAACAAUCUCCUUCAAGCAUCGAUAGCAUGGAAAGGAAUUUGCUAGAAGAAAUAAAGUCGCCAUUUGCUGAUGUUCCUGUUGUAAAACAAACCGUAACUUCGUUAUUGUCGGAUCUUAGAAAAUUAAUUAAAACAGAAAAUAAUUCAGAGGCUAAAAAAUUACUCGAUAAUCUGGAAAAUAUUUUGGAUAUUAAUUAUAAAAAUAAUACGGAGUUAUUACUAGCGUGUUUCAAUACAUCAAAUAAAACACAAAGUCUUCAGAAAACACCCUCGUCAGAAAGCGUCGAAAGAUCUGAAAAAUCGAUUACAGAUAAGAGCGAAGAAGAAAAUGAAAAUGAAAAAAUAUCGCUAAAAGAAAAAUUUAAUAAUAAUGAGAAAUUGCUGCCAAAUACAGAUAACAAAUUGAAAGAUUCGUCGCAAGAUACCAUUAGUAGUGGUAAUUCAUCAGUUAUACCUUCAUCCUCUAAAGAUAAUAGCGAAAAUAAUACGAAUACCACAAAUUCACCUGAUAUAACAAAACUUAAUAAGUCUAUUAUAGAAAAAGAUAAUCAGAUGGAUAAAAACGUGGCGGUACAAUUGCUAAUAAAUCUCAAGAAAUUACUGAGCGGUCAGGCUGAAGACGACACGACAAUACAGUUGCUUAAAAAUAUAGGAAAGGCAUUAAAUACCGCUCUAAAUAACAGUAUUGAAAAUAAAGAGCAGACAAGUUACUCUGAAGAGCAAAAUAUUCAACAGUAUUCUACACCCAUAAGAGUUCCAGAGUCUGAUUGUAAUGCGCAUACAUCCGCACUUUUAAAAGCAUCACACAGACAAAACUUGGAAUCAAAAUCUAAAAAGACAGGUAAAAGAAGCAGAUCUGUAAUUGAGUCAUCGCCUAAGAGUACACAAAUACGCAGACAUAGGGAUACAUCCGAAUUGGAGAAUCGCCAGAAGCGUUUCUCAAGCGAUCCUGGAUUUAGUAAUCUACCAAAUAAAAAACCUCCAAUUUCAGAAACGUACAAUACAAGAAAGGGGCCUGAUAACAAGGAGAAAUCCAUUGCUAUGAGUGAUGUUAAAAAUAAGUUGAAGAAAAGAUCGGAUGUGAUCAAUAAAAAGGGUCCUUUGAAAGCAGUGCAUCCUGUCGAUAAUAUGCAAAAGAAAGAGGCAUCGCUCGGGAGACAAACGAUGUCAUCCCAGCAAGUUAUUACGCCACCUAAACUUGACAAAAAUACUUCAUCGGGUAAUAAAAUAAUCAGCAGUACCCCUAAUUCGAUAGGCAAUAAUUAUUAUAUGCCUAAGAAGUCUGCGAGAUCCAAACCAGUGGCCUCGUCAACACCAGAUGGCCAAAAUGCUAAGAGCACGCCGCAGUUGACGACUUCUAAUAAAAAACGUAAUCUUUCCUGCGAUAUCUCGCCGGUGACUGCGUAUGUAAAUAUGAACGGCAGCGAUGAACGAAAGAAUAGUCCUAAAAAAUCACCUAAAAGAAACAUGUCUAAGCUGCCAACGCCGAAAAAGUGUACAACGCCCAAACGUCAGCAAAUAGACGUAUUCGCCGGCAUUCCGAGAUUCUCGACACCGCCGAAACAUAAUUCAUCGUUUACUAUGCAUCAACCACAAUCUCCGCAGCGUUUGAAUAGGAGCUUCUGCAAUUCCCAACGAUAUUCUCCCAUCCACGAGAAGAAAAUCGCCAGAAAAAUACAGCAAAGUCCGUUGAAGGAAACUAACAGAAUCACCGCGAAAGUAAAACCGUUUAACUUGAUUUCCAAAAUUAAGCGACACAGUAUUGGCGAUUUUGCCGAAAAAGAAAACAGUUACGCUUAGAGUGAGAAAGAAAAACAAAAGAAGAAACAGAUCGAAAUGUUGUAAUAUCGAUCAUGCACUGAAGGAUUACUUCGUAUAGAAAUCGUUAUGAAGAAUGCGAUUUUCUUUCCUUUUUAUUUUACAUUUGUGAUAUAUUUAUACGUUUUAUAAUAAAAUAUGCAGUGAGAAAAUGUGUGAUUCGACCGUUCACGAAUCCUGUAGUAAUCUCAUUAGAGCAUUGUGUUAAUGUGUAUCAUCGAUUUUACGCAAUUUGGCAAUCAAUUCAAAGAUUGUUUUUAAAAAAGCAAUAAUGAGAUCUCAAGUUCGUGAAAGAGUCAGAAAUUAAAAAAAAAAAUGAAGAUUGUAGUUGAAGAAUCGGGCCGUAAUUCUGAUAAUUUUGAAAAUUUUAAUAUGUUUUAAAAUCUUUAUCUCUUUUUACUCUUUAAUAUAUUAGAUAUUGGAAGGGAGGAGUGGCGAAGGGAAAGUAGUAAAUGAAAAUGACACAAAUCGAAAA